UCCAGUCUACCAACUGGUCUCUGAAAACCUAUUUAAAGCAGUCUGUUUUGUCUCAGCUCAGCAGUCUCCAGUCUACCAACUGGUCUCUGUAACUUCAUCUUUGUCUCUGUGGUGUCCAGUCUUCAGGUGAUGAUGGAGGUAUUGAAUCAUCUCUCUACUCUCCUCCUCCUCUCUCUCCUUCCUCCUUCUCUCUCUCAUGUAGUGGUGAAGUUCAGCGAAGUUAAAGAGUGCAGUGAUUUCUUCCUGGAGGGGACAACUCCAAAUCUCCCGGGUAUUUUGGUUGAUGGGACAGUCAAGGACCAGAACCGCUACAAACCGAUUUGCCAGAAGUACAAAGACAAAUACAGGUUUGCAACUCUCUACGACACGACCAACAAGAUCCCUGUGUUUUCAGCCUACACCUUCACUGGUCCUCCUCCUAAAGGCAGACCAGAUCAACCCUGGAUGAUCGAGCCCCAGCUGGAAGAUAUUAAAAACAUACAUGACAUGAAGGUGGAUAAAAACGUCAAAAAGCAGGCUGCGGACGCGGACUACGAAGUAAAAAUAAAAAACAUGAAAAUACACAGAGGUCAUCUAUUCCCAUGUUCGUAUGUGCCUGAUAUGGAAACCAAGAAGUCCACUUUCACCCUGACAAACGUCGUUCCCCAGGCAAGUUCCUUCAACCAAGUCAGCUGGCGUUCAAUGGAGUGCAGUGUCAGAAAAACGCUUCAGAAGGACUGUCUUGAUAACAACGGGAAGAUAAAGGCCUAUGUGGUGACUGGAGCAGUGCCCAGUAAGAGCAACACACUGAACAACCGAGUGAACAUCCCAUCUCUCCUGUGGACAGCCUACUGCUGUUACAACAGCACCCAGAGACAGUGGGUGGCCGAAGCACACUGGGGUGAGAACAAAAAGUAUGUAAGGGGGGACAGAUUGCCCUCAAACACCUUGGCAGACCUGUAUAAGAUGCUGAACCAGUAUUAUGGUGAUGUCAAGCACUCCAAAGAUGGUGUCAAGGUGUUCCCAGAUGAUUGUCAGAAUGGAAAACAGGAUGAUACAGGGAGGAACGGAGAGGCUGGGGCAGGGCAAAAGAGGAGCGGAGAAAUGAGCGGAGAGUCAAAGGGAAGCAUAAAGAGGCAAAGAGAAACAGGGGAUGAGGAAAAUGACUGUGACUUUGACUGUGAUGAAGAGUGAUGAGUUUUGUCCGGUGGUAAUUCCCAUAACUAUUGAGUUAUAAGUUAUAAGGGUUAUAAUGGU